GUAAUGCACUUCUUCGUCGAUUGGUCAGAGUUGGAGUACUCGAUGAGAAUAGAAUGAAACUGGAUUAUGUAUUGGGUCUCAAAAUUGAAGAUUUCUUAGAGAGGCGUCUCCAAACUCAGGUUUUCAAGUCUGGAUUGGCAAAAUCUAUCCAUCAUGCCAGGGUUCUGAUACGACAAGGACACAUUCGAGUUCGCAAACAAGUUGUGAACAUUCCCUCUUUUCUUGUCCGUUUGGACUCUCAGAAACACAUCGACUUCUCACUGAAGUCUCCAUUCGGUGGUGGCCGUCCUGGACGUGUUAAGAGGAAGAACCUCACCAAGAAGACUGGUGCCGCUGCACCCGAAGAAGAAGAAGAUUAAACUAGGGUUUAUACUUACCAAUGAAUUAACAUCUUAGUUGGUAAUUUCUUAAAAAAUAAAACGUUGAGAACUUUUCAUCAGAAUUUUUUAAUAUAAUAAAAUAAUGUUAUCUU